AUGAUUCCCCACACCCACGAGUGUAAGUCCAAAAAGGAAGAGGAAGGGAGGAACCAUUUGAACGAUCAAGUGUUCCGUGACUACACUAACGGUAGAAAUGUAUGCUCCUUUGCUCAGGAUGUAAAAAAUGCCGACUCGGACGGUAGCUGCAAAGUGUCAGAAGGAAAUCCCCUUCGAUCCAUCAGUGGGAAGGAUGGCCAUAAUGGUUGUGCAAGAGGGAGAGCACCCCCUUGUGAUGACUCAAGAUGCGACAAUGUAGUGCUCAAGAAAAAGAAGAAACCUUUUCUCUACGAGUUAUGCAAAAAUUACGUAAAGCUGACCUUGCACAGGCCAUGCUGCAUCAUGCUAAGUGUAACGAUAGGAUUGUUAAUUGUCACUCUAAUGAGCAUCUCCUUUUACGUGAACAUAUUUAGCGAGGCGGAAAAUACGUCCGAAGUACUGGGCGCUAUUCUGAGAAAGACAAAUGGAGAAGAAUUCAUAAAAAUGAAUGUCGCCAAAGCGAGCGACGUUAUGAUUCACACAAGUGACAACAUAGGAAACAAAGUCGAACAUUUUUUUAAUUUUUAUAAAAAGGAAAAAGCAGCAACGUUGCUGUUUUAUCUUGACAAGGAAGAGGACAAAACAAUUCUGCAAUACGAUACGCUGAAGGACAUGUUCUUCUUGGUGGAAUUCUUUAAGCAAAUGAAUACGGAAAAUAAAAAAAAUUGGAGUGAAAUAUGUAAAACGUUUGAUGUUCCUGUGAUGGAGUCUAAAUGUUUCGUUCUAGGGUUGUUCACCGUUUCGGAACUUCAAAAUGCAGAAUAUGACACGACACUUAAUUGGGAAGAAUAUUUUGAUGAAGUCCUAGAAAAAGACGAAAGAUCUUUGGGCAAUUUUUUCUACAACGCACUUAUUUUUUUGCCCAAUUUUUUAUAUCACCCUCAUAAAUUCGACAUUGAGAGGACCAAGAUAAAGGACAUAAUAUCUGACUUCUCUAAAAAUGUGGAGGCCUUUUUAUUUGUCUUCCAUUUCGAUGAAGGUAUUGACGAUUCCUCUCUAAAUGAAUGGUAUGGUCUUCUAAACAGGCAGGUGAAAUUAAUAAAUUCGGGGGAAAAACAGUUUGUAACGAUUCAUAAUUUGGACAGCAGUACUUAUGUUCACGAGAUAAAUCAGGAUAGGAAUUGGAGCAUGGCCGUUGUUAAUGAAAAAAUACUGGAGGCUAACGAGCAGUCAUCCAUCAGUGUAGGUUUUAAAUCAAACUACGUCUUUGCCAUUUUGUCCUUCCUCUUUAUGGUUAUUUAUGUAUAUUCCAUUUCGUGGGACGGUUUGAAGCAUCACGGACAAGACGGGGGAGGAGAAGCGAGAAGGGGCAGAAAGUUUUUACUUAUCCUAUGUGUAUAUGCCCUGACGCUCUUUUCCUUCUUCUCCACUUUCUUCAUCAAUUUGGUUUUCCAAAUUAAUGUUCUACGAAUUUAUUUAUUAAAUUUUUUCCCCCUCUUUUUUCUAAGCUUCCUAUUUUGCUGCGUCAACUUCUUUUAUCGCAAUAAGUGCGUAGUGGGACCUUCCAAAAUGAUAAUGCGCAGAAUGAGGAACACAAAGAAUUCGAAGAACAAGUCUGUAGAUAUGACUACAUAUUAUUUACGAGCUAGCUACAAGUCACUUUAUUUUGUGGGCAAAAUUACUCUGAUAGUCCUGGCCGUAUACAUGGUUGGGUUUUCCUGCACGUACAGAAUCGUCAACGUUUUUUCGCUAAACUCGGUCCUUUCCAUCGUUUGUCUGUUUCUGUACUACGCUACGUUUUUUAACAACAUGUUCGGCCUUCUGUUUUACAGGGACAAGCACUUGCUGUUCUCCUCAUCUCAGUCGUUGCCACUAGCUAAGUCGGUAUGUAGCUCGUCGGGGAAUCAGGUUGAUCAGCACGUUAUAGACUUUUCAGAGGUGGCGCGCAGUGGAGGGGUGGUACAGAAUGGCUGCACAUCGAGUGACAACGGUCAACGCGGGGGGAGCGACACUUCCUCAAACGCACGCUGCGCAUGCGAAGGUACGGAUGGGAAGAAGCAUCACAUAAAAAGUUGCAUUUACCCAAAUGGUAAGAAGGAUAUCACCGAAAGAAAUGGGGACAGUAAGAAAGCGAGCCGUAGGGGGACCCAAAAGAAGGGGUUACUCUUCUUCGUUGUAUUCUUGUUCCUCCUCCUUUUAGGGCUCUUUCUAAUUUUCCUAAUAAGCAACGAGAAGAUUCACCUUGAUGUGUACCAUUACAUGACGAAGGAAUCGCCACUGAGAAGGUUUAUCCAAAACUUUGAGAAAAGGGCGGGCUUCCUAAUCGAGCCAGGAUACUUGGUGUUGCCGUCUUCACACGAGUUUGACUACAAAGAUGAAGAAAACGCAGAUAUGAUAAUAAAUCUAGUAAACGAAAUGAAGGAGGAAGGAUGCAUUCAUGAGCCCAUUGUGUCUUGGGUCCAUGCAUUUGAAUUACUAAAAAAUGAUUGCCGUAAUGUAAGCUCCUUUACUAAUCAGUACAAUUUGGAUCGCUAUAAAAAGUCAUGUCAUGACAUCACUCCAUAUAGAGAGAGCAAAGAACUCCAUUUGAAUAAGUUAAAAGAAAUUUUUUUCAAAGAUGAGGAAAAGACAUGUGAUAGCUUUUACCAAAUUGUGUACAAAUGGAUGACUUACAAUAAGGAGGGGAUAUAUGAUAGUAAAUUUUUUCAUAUGAAAAAUUUUGACCGGGGGCAAAUUGACGACUUACUCCCUCGGUACUACAACAUACGGCCACACUUCUUCUACGGCGAUUACGUGAAGAUGGACAAUCCGGACAGCAUAUCGAGCAGCCGAAUCGGCUUCGUCCUGCACAAUUACGUAUCCAACCAGGCAAAGAACUUGGAAAAUUUGAAGAGAAUAAAAAAUAUUGUAGAAAGGAGUAACUUAAAAAAUGUGUAUUUUUACUCAGAAAGUUACGUACUAUACAAUCAAGCUACCAGAUUUAUGUCCGAAUGCAAAGUGAUGUUAAUUUUUUAUUUUUUGAUUUACUUAUUCUCUUUGUACCUCUUUAACACCAUGGGGGUGGUAAUGAUAUUUCAGUUCUGGCUCUGCUACAAUUUAAGUGCACUUUAUUUUAUGCAUAGCUUUGCAGUCAACACUGACGCGAUUACGAUUAUUUUGUUAAAAAUGGGGGCAGUCAUAUCUUUGUCUCAUUACCUGUAUGGGACUCUCUUUUUUAAGUUCCUCAUGCUAGACAAGAAAAAUUAUUCCAACAGCAUGCGGCAGAGCUAUCCCUACUUCAUGUUCCUAGUGCUGUACCUUAUUAGCUUCACCCUGGAAGAUUACGCAUCCAACGUUUUGCGGCUGCUCAUUCUGAACCACGUCGUCUGGUUCUUCCUAUACAGCUUAACAAUUUUUUACGUCCACAAAAUGUACGUGAAAAGGGCAUGA